AUAUGAGUGUGGCGUGGCUCAUCGAACAGGAUGAACAAGCUACCUCUGCGGCCACAUUGUUUGCUGGCGUUGGGCGAAGUACGUCUCUGCCAUCGUCGGAUCCGAUUCUGGGGGUGCAUUGUCAUGGAGCUGUUGGCCACAAGUCACAGUUUGCUGAUCAUCAUUGCACUGUUGUCUAGCAGAGACACAUGUCGCCCUAGGAUAAGUACCAUUCCCGUGAGGAGGUCGUGGUGAGAGAUUGUUGCAAGAUGCAUGGUAAGCGCCGGAAUCUUCGUGCACUGCCUCGGUGCCUUCGACCG